AUGAAGCAUACCAUACGGUCGACAUCGAUGAAUCUACUGCGAUUCCUCGUUCCUCUCUUAAUUUGCUCUAUGCAGAGAGCUCAUGCAAGUAUCCUGUCUGGAGAUUUCGGCGAUUACAAUUUUUUCGAUAUCGGUAAUCGAUAUCCAUAUACGCGCAAAUUACUUGUUCCUCUUACACAUACUGCGCUGGUAGUACCUUCACAUCAUGGCUAUCAUGGUGGUCCGGUAGCGUACGUCCCUUUCGUGUCGUCACCGUCAUUCUACCUCUCCAUAUACCCUCACGGCACGUUUUCUGGAACUUAUAAUCCACAGAUUGAAUUCCGCAAUCGUGUGAAUGCUUACGCAAAAGAGAAUCCCCACCUAUCCGAUCUCAAUAUGCGCCUUCCCGUUCACGCGCCAAAAAUAACGAUCAGAAGACCACUGCACGUGCGUAGGAAUGCCCGUCAGAUCGGAACUUAUGCAGACAAAAAUGAGGCAUAUCCCUGA